ACUAGGAAGGGCCUGAUGGGAAGGAGGGGACUGGGGGGAGGGGAGGGCCAGGGGAAGACAAAGGAAGGGGUGCGGCGAGUGGCCCCCGCCCAGGGGAGGAGUGACCUCAGCCCGAGCGGCAUCUGUUCGGCGUCAGAGGCCGGCGGGCGGCCAGGCGCUCCGGCACCCAGCCCCUUCCUCUCCCUCUCCCCGCGUCCCAUCCAGCGCUCUCCGCGGUGGAGGCCCUGGGGCCUCAUUGGCCGCCCGGGCGCUGACCGCGGCAUAAAUUGGAGCUCUGGGCGCCUGCGGGGACCUUUGGCCGCCCACAGCCCGGCUGCCAGCCCCUCCCGUCGGUCCUGCUGGGUGAUGGGAACCGUGAGUGCGGUCGCCCCCCGGGCCCGCGCCCUCUGGGCCCUCCUCCUGGCCUCUCUUGGCACCGCUGCCGGGCAGCCGCUGGGAGGAGAGUCCGUGUGCACGGCCCAGCCCCUGGCCAAGUAUGGCAUCACCUUCACGGGCAAGUGGAGCCAGGCGGCCUUCCCCAAGCAGUACCCGCUGUUCCGCCCGCCCGCGCAGUGGUCUGCCCUCCUGGGGGCAGCGCACAGCUCUGACUACAGCCUGUGGAGGAAGGACCAGUAUGUCAGCAAUGGGCUGAGGGACUUCGUGGAGCGGGGCGAGGCCUGGGCCCUGAUGAGGGAGAUGGAGGCGGCCGGGGAGAAGCUGCAGAGCGUGCACGGCGUGUUCUCCGCCCCCGCCGUGCCCAGCGGCACCGGGCAGACCUCCACGGAGCUGGAGGUCCACUCCAGGCACUCGCUCGUGUCCUUCGCAGUCCGCAUCAUUCCCAGCCCCGACUGGUUUGUGGGCGUCGACAGCCUGGACCUGUGUGACGGGGACCACUGGAGGGAGCAGGUGGCCGUGGACCUCCACCCCUACGACGCCGGGACCGACAGCGGCUUCACCUUCUCCUCUCCCAACUUCGCGACUAUCCCGCAGGACACGGUGACCGAGAUUACAGCCUCCUCUCCCAACCACCCCGCAAACUCCUUCUUCUACCCGCGGCUGAAGGCCCUGCCUCCCAUCGCCAGAGUGACCCUGGUGCAGCUCCGGCAGAGCCCCAGGGCCUUCGUCCCGCCCGCCCUGGACCUGGCGGGCGGGGGCAAUGAGAUCGUGGACAGCCUCCCAGUUCCAGAAACGCCGCUGGACUGCGAGGUCUCCCUGUGGUCGUCCUGGGGGCUGUGCGCGGGCCCGUGCGGGCAGCUGGGAGCCCGGAGCAGGACUCGCUACGUGCGCGUGCAGCCCGCCAACCACGGGGCGCCGUGCCCGGGGCUGGAGGAGGAGGCCGAGUGCGUCCCGGACAACUGCGUCUGACAGCCGCGCCCGCGCCCGCGCCCGCGCCCCGGCGGCCUCGCGCUCGGCGCCCGCGCGCUCCGCGCACCCGCGCUACCUCAGGCCCGGCCGCCAGGCGGCGCUGCAGCGGGUCCCCGGCGGGAGACCGAGGCGACCUGCUGCGUCCCCAUCCCCGCUCUUGAAUAAAGAUCGCCGUCUCCGGCCAGG